AUGUCAUUUCAUUCAUUGACAUUCCAUGUCAUUUUGUCACACAAUGGACCCGUUGUAUCUGGUGGUACGAUUACGAUCAAAGCAGAUUUGUAUACUACGGGUGGCUACCGACCAUCAGGCUCUUUCAGAUAUAUAUUGACCGACGAUGCUCUCAUACCUCAUGAAAAUGUAACAGAGUCAACGAAGAAUACAACAGUAUAUUGGAAUCUGACCUAUCCUCGAGAGAAAUAUUCUGUAGGAACUUAUAAAGUUGAAGUGUUAGUCCAAAGAUAUUUCAUUCUUCAUUGGAGUAAUGUAACUAGUAGUCGUAUAAGUUUCGAAGUAACUUCACUUCUUAAUGGUAAUAUCACAAUGUCACAAUCAAAUAAAACAUUGAAUGAUAAGUUUGUUUCAACUGCAUUAGAAACACAAUUCGGUAUUGAUAUACGUAAAGGAGAUUAUAACUUUAUAAUAGAAAAAGCAACAUCUAUAUCAACUUAUUGGUUCAUUGAUUGUCAAUACUAUGGAGAAACUAAUGAUUUAAAUUUUUCUUAUAAUUUUACAAAUGCUGAUAUGUCUCGUGACGUCGCAGCUUUGGUGAUUGCAUCGUAUGAACCUAUAGAACCACCCAUUACAACCACAGCUGCAACUAUACUACCAUCAAACACUACUUCGAAUACUUCUUUAAUAAAUAGCACUGCAAGUACUGUCCUAUCAACCACUACCAUAUCGCCUACAACUAUACCACAUAUAAAUACAACGAUAGCAACAUUGAUGACAAUUACGCCUGCACUUAAUUCAACUGGGAAUACAGUAAAUACUGGGAAUAUUUCAUUUCCAUACGUUUGCCUAAAUACAUCUAUUUUACCAGAUCCAAAUAAAACGUAUGGUUAUUUCACAAAACAAAUUUCUGUUCGAGCACCAAUAACAAAUAUCACGAUCAAGGGUACAGAUUGGAUUCAACCUUGGGACAUGUUGUCUCUUAACGCAACUUGUAAUGGCUCAGGACCAUUUUAUAAAUGUUUGGAAUUUCACCAAGGCAAAUAUAAUGUAACUGGUAAUGAGACAUGCGAAUACGCAGACCAUCUAAAAUCAUGUAAUUUUUCUAUUGUUCGUUAUUUCUUUGAACCUACUGAAUAUACAAUUUUGGUUAUAUUAAGCAAUGAUGUCAGUAAACAAAUUUAUUCUAAAACCAUAACUGUCUACAAAGUAACACCAAAGCCACAGUUGUCUGUUAUCGUUGUCCCUGUUUCUUGUACUCUUGUAGCUGUUGUUUUAAUAGUUUUUGGUGUGGCAUAUUACAUCCAAAGUAGAUCAAGAUUCACAGUUGAAGUUGCAGAUUUUGACUUUGGCCAGAAUAAUCCUGAGAUGGAGUAUAAAACGUUUACAGAACGAUUACGGGAUUCAUUUAACAAUGCUGUAAGACCAGAAAGCAAACAUAUAAGUGGAUACAAACCGCUUAAAAAUUCAAAUACUUUACAAACAUAACAUUUGUAAAAGAAAAGAAAAUUUACAAUACAAACUUUGAAAGUUUGUAAGGAGUACUUUUAAAAUUGAAAGCAAAUGUACUUCUACAAUGAGCCAAGAAGUCCAAGAAUGAAGAGGUUUAUUGAAUCUUAUGCAGCAGUAUUUGUAGAUAAUAAUGCUGUUUCACAUAAAAUUAGUAUAUCAUUAUUCACUGUAACCAUUGUGAUCAUUCCGGAGUGGAUAUGAGAAACAUAACAUCAAGAUUCCGCAUGAAUAUUAUAUACAUCUAAUAAGGAAAACACACUGAACAUAUUUUAUGAAGAAUCAGUGUAAAUGCAAUCAUCAUUAUGUGAUGGAUAAGAAAGUAUGCGCCAUUCCAACAUAAUUUUUCCAACUAUAUGAAAUAUAGAAAUAAGUCUAUGUCCACGCAAUAUAUAUGUAUAUUAUAAUUUAAUAAUAAGCUUAUGUAAGUCUAAUUUGUGCACAAGAACCAUUUUUAAUUGCUCAACAUACGAAAAAAAAAAAAAAUAGAAUUGUAUAAUUAUAUGUUUUUAUUAUUUUAUCAAUCUAUUUUUUUCAUGACAAUCCAUAAAGACAAUCUGUCUGGAAAAGUAAUAAUCGUAUUGCGAGCAAUUUGUUAAAAGGCUAUCGAUACUUUCAUCGUGUAAUAAUCUAUUAAUUAUAUUUAUAAAAUUAUCAUAGCCAAAUAUUCAAAUUGCUUUGCGUAAAAAUUAAUCCUAUAUGCAUAUAUUUUAAUUGUAUAGAAAUGAUAAGAUUUGCGUGGAAGUAAAUUUUUUUGUUAUUUUCUAUGUUAUUUUAAUAAUGUCUUUUACGAAUUUUCUUGCGUUUAAUAUUACCAAUUAUAAAGGAAAAAUUUUUUUAAAAAUGGAGAUAUGUAAAAAUUCGUGGAUUUACAAAUUGAUUUAGACUGAGCAAAGUGUGUGAAAAUGAAAAAUUUUUCAUAAUUUGUAUACGUUCUGUUAACUUAUGAUGUAUACGUAUAUACAUACAACAUACAUGCAUGCAUACAUACAUACAUACAUACAUACAUACAUACAUAUAUAUAUACACACACAUACACACACAUAUAUCUCUAUCGCUUGGUCAUAGAUAACUUUAAUACGGGAGCGAUAGUUAAAAUCAAAUUAAUAUUCUUCUCUGGUUUCCCAUAGAAUAGUACAAAGGUAAAUCGAGAAAUGAUAAAUGAGUAAUAGGGAUAUAUAAUUAUUUAUUCUGCUAUCUUACGAUAAUUGUAAAAUAAUCUGAUUGAUAUUUAAUUGUGAUAAAUAAAUACAACAAACUCA